UUGGAGCCCAAAGAGCUUGGCAGCAGUUGCAUCGGAUGAUUUCUCUUAUUUCUCUAAAAUGCACUAAGAGUUAACUGUAAUAAUUUAGUUUACCAAACCAUUAGCUUUAUUUUAGGAAAGUUACUAUUUUCAACUCAACAGAAGACUUGCAUCACAAUGUAUUGUGGAGAUUACCAGACACAAGGAACCAUUCUUCCAGCUCCAAAUUUCAACCCUGUUAUGGAUGCUCAGUCGCUAGGAGGAGCCCUACAGGGAAUCAGUUGUGAAAAAGACGUGCUGAUUGACAUCCUCACACAGCGCUGCAAUGCACAGCGGCUCAUGAUUGCUGAGGCAUACAGAGACAUGUAUGGCAGGGAUUUGAUGACAGACCUGAAAGACAAUCUCUCUCAUCACUUCAAAGAAGUCAUGGUUGGCCUCAUGUAUCCACCUGCAUCCUAUGACGCCCAUGAGCUCUGGCAUGCACUGAAGGGAGUAAACACAGAAGAGAAGUGUCUAAUUGACAUAUUAGCCUCAAGGUCAAAUAUGGAGAUAUUCCAGAUGAAAGAAGCCUACUUAACACAAUACAACAGUGAUCUUCAGCAAGAUAUUGAUUCUGAGACUUCUGGUCACUUCAGAGAUACUCUGAUGAACCUCGCUCAGGGAACAAGAAUGGAAGGAUAUGCAGAUCCUGCUACAGCUGCUCAGGAUGCAAUGAUUCUAUGGGAAGCCUGUCAGCAGAGAACAGGCGAACACAAAAACAUGCUGCAAAUGAUCCUGUGCAACAGGAGUUACCAGCAGUUGUGGAUGGUUUUCCAGGAGUUCCGAAGUAUCUCUGGGCAAGACCUAGUAGAUGCCAUCAAUGACUGCUACGAUGGAUAUUUUCAAGAAUUACUGGUUGCAAUAGUUCUCUGUGUCCGUGACAAGCCUUCCUACUUCGCCUACAGACUCCAUCAUGCAAUUCAUGAUUUUGGGUUCCACAAUAAAACAGUCAUAAGGAUUCUCAUAGCCAGGAGUGAAAUUGACUUGAUGACUAUACGACAACGAUACAAAGAGAGAUAUGGGAAAUCGCUCUUCCAUGAUAUUAAACAUUUUGCUUCAGGGCAUUAUGAGAGUGCUUUGCUUGCUAUCUGUGCUGGUGAUGUUGAAGAUUAUUAAGAAAGAAGAUGAUGGAUUCUGAAGACUGUAUAAAUUAAGUGGAAAUUCAAGCUAUACACAACACAUUGUAAUUGUGGGAGGUAUCUAAUCUACUCAAAAGAACAGGAAAAUCAGUGCUAAACAUUUGACAAUUUUAAAUCUUUUUUUCAGACAAGAAAAACGUAAAGAAACGUUGUCAG